AUGAGCCCUAAUAUUUAUGAUCCGAGGAAAUUGAAAUGUGCGUAUAAUCUGAAUGUUGUAAGAAUAUUAACUGCUAAUUUAUUCGGACUAUACGAGAACUUGGAUAAACACCACAUCUAUCUAUCUAUCUAUCUAUCUAUCUAUCUAUCUAUCUGUUCAUAUUUUAAUCCUACUAAAAGUUUAAGAUGGACAGAGUUUAGUCAUGUGACUAAUUCUUUAUCACACGGUCCGUGUGAGAUUUAUCUUUCUUUUAUUGGCUGCCAUUCUUUUCUGUCUAUUAAGUCCAUCCAACCAUCCCAUUGCUGCCGCCACCCUACCGUCCACUUAUUUUUGGCGAUGGGUCGGGUGGAGAUUGGAGGGUGGAAACGGGUCGACAGUGGGUCGGUUGGUCUUUUUGCUGUUGGUAAUGGGAUAAUUUUGUUCUUUUUUCUUUUUUCUUUCUUUCUUUCUUCAAGUCUUUCUUUUAUUCUUCAAGCUGUUCUUUCUUUCUUCAAGUCUUUCUUUCUUCCUUCAAGUCUCUCUCUCUCUCUUUCUCUCUUUCUUUCUUCAAGUCUUUCUUUCUCCCUUCAAGUCUCUCUCUCUCUCUUUCUCUCUUUCUUUCUUCAAGUCUUUCUUUCUCCCUUCAAGUCUCUCUCUCUCUCUUUCUCUCUUUCUUUCUUCAAGUUUUUCUCUUUUCAAGUCUUUCUUUCUUCAAGUUUUUCUUUCUUUAUUCAAGUCUUUCUUUUUCUUUCUUUCUUGGAGUCUUUCCUUCUUUCCUCAAAUCUUUCUUUCUUCAAGUCUUUCUUUCUUUCUUUCUUUCUUUCUUCAAGUCUUUCUUUCUUUCUUUCUUUCUUUCUUUCUUUUUUUCUUUUCUUCAAGUCUUUUUUUCUUUCAAAUUUUUCUUUUUCAAGUCUUUUUUUCUUUCUUUCUUCAAAUUUUUCUUUUUUUCAAGUCUUUUUUUUUUCUUUCUUCAAGUCUUUCUUUCUUUCUUUCUUUCUUUCUUUCUUCAAAUUUUUCUUUUUCAAGUCUUUUUUCUUUCUUUCUGCAAGUCUUUCUUUCUUUCUUUCUUCAAAUUUUUCUUUUUCAAGUCUUUUUUUCUUUCUUUCUGCAAGUCUUUCUUUCUUUCUUUCUUUCUUCAAAUUUUUCUUUCUUCAAGUCUUUUUUCUUUCUUUCUGCAAGUCUUUCUUUCUUUCUUUCUUCAAAUUUUUCUUUUUCAAGUCUUUUUUUCUUUCUUUCUGCAAGUCUUUCUUUCUUUCUUUCUUUCUUUCUUCAAAUUUUCUUUUUCAAGUUCUUUUUCUUUUUUUUUUCUGCAAAUUUUUUCUUUCAAGUUUUUUCUUUCUUUCUUUCUUUCUUUCUUUCUUCACCACUUCACCACCCCACUUAGUUCUGAAUUCCUUUCUCGUCGUAGUUUUCACACUCGCUUUUUGCUAUCCAUUUAAUUUUUUAAUUACUUACUUCUUCACUUCCUUCUUUUUCCCUUGCUAUUUUCUCUCAAACAACUUUGUCUGCAUUUGUGCAGUUUCUUUUUAUUGCUUCGUUUUUUUUCUCUCCUCCCAUUUGCUUUUACUCAUAAAUAUUCAUAAAGUUAACCUGAGCACGCUAGUUGAUCUAUCUAUCUAUCUAUCUAUCUAUCUAUCUAUCUAUCUAUCUAUCUAUAUAUAUAUAUAUAUAGAGAGAGAGAGAGAGAAUUUUUCAAUUUGUCGGUCAACAAGUUCUAUUUUAUCUAUCUAUCUAUCUAUCUAUCUAUCUAUCUAUCUAUCUAUCUUAGUCUGUUCAUAUCUGUCUAUUCAUUUAUCUGUCUCUCACUUUAUCUUACUUUAUUCAUAUCUCUCUCUAUUUAAUCUAUUCAUAUCUCUCUCUUUCUCUCGCGCUUUCUCUCCCUCACUCUCUAUCUUAGUUCGUAUCUCUCUACCGCACUCUUUCAAUCUAUUCAUAUCUUCCUAUUUUUGUCUCAUCUAUCUAUCUAUCUAUCUUAGUCUGUUCAUAUUUGUCUAUCUAUUCAUCUGUCUUUUUCUAUCUUAUCAAUUCGUCUACCUAUCUUUCUUUCUCUCUCACUCUUUGUUAAUCUAUCUAUCUAUCUAUCUAUCUAUCUAUCUAUCUAUCUAUCUAUCUAUCUAUCUAUCUAUCUUUUUCGAUCUAGCGCUAACAAUCUAUUUCAGUUAA